CAAAGAGGCUAUGAUACUUAACUAAGGAAGGAACUAACUCACAUGCUUCUUACUUGUACUUGUAUACACCUUCCAAGGUAUAUGUAUGUAUCAGCACGAGAACAAAAAACCCACUGCAUUUCCAAUUCCAUGGUUUCUGUUUCCCAAUCUAUGUUUUGGAGUUUCCAAUUGGUUCAGCAAGGAAACUCAGUUUAAGAUUGUUCCAGAAGGAGCCAGUGUUCAAGCUCUGUGAAAAAGAGAGAAUUUCUGAAUAGCGCGAGAAAGUACUUAGCCACUGAAAGCAAGCAACAAUGCAGUUGAAUUUAUUUUGAUAUAGUUUUAUGCUAAAUCAGAAAGAGUCAAAAUAAAUAGUAUUAAAUUUCAUUUUUUAAUCAAUAAAAUCAAAUAGUAAAAAUUCGCCAUUUUAAUUAAUUAAAUAAUAAUGAAAAUGAAAUGUGGGGGUGGAAAAAGAAAUUUUCAUUCUCUAAUUCGUUCGCUGCUGCUACGCCUUUGUCAAAACGUGGUUCCUUCUUCCAACGAAAACAGAGUGAGAAGAAACCCUACCCAAAACGGCGCUGCAAUUCGGGAAGGACGAUGGAAGCUCAAUCAGAGAACAGAGCAGUUACUCGUGCCCGGGGGCGGGUGCGUAAACAGAGUGAGAAGAAGAAACCCCACCCAAAACGGCCCUACCUUGGGAGGGAAAAGAAGUUGGAAGUUCAACCGAUCGCUCCAUCAAAGAAUGGAGAACUGACUAUUGGAGAUAUUGCUCGUGCCCGGGGGCGGGAAGUUUUUCCGCUUCAUUUCCUUGUAGAAUGUGCCACCGGAUAUGCUCUUUUUCUUGCCCAUGGCAUUAAUGAUAUUGAUAUGAUUAAGUAUCAAGCAGAGGAGUACAUUAACCGUUCCGACACCCCUUUUGAGCUCAAAGCUUAUCUACCCUUUUCAUCUCUUAGUGAAGCUCUCCUUCAAAUGAAUGCUAUAUCCAACUCAAGUGUGACUGAGAUGCUAAUAAAGUUCAUCCAGAAGAAUUUUGAACCACCAUUCCAUCGCCAUGUACUUACAACUGCCGAUCCAUUUCUGGGAGUAAAAAUAGUAAAUAAUGUGGGUCUGAGUGACCAUACUUCUUUGCUGACCUUAAGUGUCAUGCGUGGUUUGCGGGAGAAAAUUGACAAACUCAUCGGGUUGCAGCCUGGAGAGUUGGACAAGGCCCAACGCCAACUGGCGCACCUUUACAAAGACCAAAAGCGCACUAUAUUGGACACCAAAAGUCCCGUCCCGGUUUCGUCAUCUUCUUUUCUACAAGAACAAGUCAUGGUUGUGCCACAUAGAUUCGAAGGAUUUUUCAACGCCAAGGGCAAAAAGAAUAUAUUGUGCACAAGAAAUCUAGUACCCGGGGAAGCUCUUUAUGGUGAAAAAUUAAUACAUGUUCAGAAUGAAGACGGAACUGAAGUCGAGUACAGAGUAUGCGAUCCGCGUAGAUCCAAGUUGGGUGCUGCAAUCCUGGGUGGUGUCACCAAUAUAUGGAUUAAACCCGGCUCUCGUGUUAUGUAUGUGGGAAAAGUAUGCGGAGUUACGGUUUCUGAUUUGUCAGAUAUUGUUGGCUUGGAUGGUUUAGUUUAUGUUGUGGGCAACUCUGAUGAUGUUACACAUAUGGAGGGCAAGAGGCCAAAUGUUGUGACAAUCAUCGAGAACGAUUAUCAUUAUUGUCAUUACCGCAUGGUUCUCGGGAUGGUAGAUGCAGUCUUUGGGGAGAUUGAUCAUCCCCUUGGUGAAAUUUAUCGUCUUCCUACUAAGGUUUAUAGGGAUGGGCGUUUUAUAGUGAAUAAUGUUCAUUUUUAUCUUAAAACUGGUGGGCAUUACAUGAUUUGCACAAAGGCAGACAAUAUGAAUUCAAAAGGUCAUAUUAUUUUUUCCUCCGGCGAUAUAAACAGAGAAUUCAAGCUACUACAGACAGUCCCUCUUGAUUUAGUAGAGGGGGCAUAUUUCAUUGACAUUGGUGGUUACAGGAUGCAGCCUGAAUAGCUGUAUUUUUACUGUUUGGUUGUCUCUUUUUAUGAUCAACCUUUUUGUAUGUAGUCAUUUUUUGGGUUUGUCAUUCUUUGUAACAAAAAAUCAUGUAUAGUAUCAAGUUUCUUUUCAUUCUUUUCUUCUA